AUGCCGAAUCCUUGUAAUCAUAGAUGUGAUCAUAAUGAGAACAGAAAAAAAAUUUGUGCCCCGUGUGGACGAAAGAUUAGUCUCGGUUCCAAAAUGUUGGAACAUUUUCGGAUCACUGACCAUCAUGAAUUGUUGAUAAAACAAUUCAUAAAUGCAAAUUUCGAUCUUUCCAAUCCCAAAUUCCCUUCGGGUAUCUGUGUCACGUGUCGUCAAAUUCUUCAAGAACACGAGCGAGGAAUUGUUAGAAGAUCGGUCAAAAAUAUGCCGAAUUAUGAAGAUAUUUGUUUGCCAAAGGAGACAAGAAAUACCCCCAUUAGUAAAUCUUUCUGUAAUUGUUAUAUCUGCCUAACUGGAAGACAUCAGGGACAUAUCAAUAUAAAAAAGAAGCUGCCUGUCUGUAAAACACUGGAUCUUUCGAUAAAAAUUACUCCAAACAACGGUAUGUAUGGAUCUCAAAAUUCUAGUAUUACUCAGAUUCCGAAGAAAGAAACAAUGAAACCAAUAGACCAAAAAACACUGACCAUUUGCCAAGUUUGUUACCAAGAAGUGGGAAAAGGGAAAAAUCAUCCAUGUAUCAGAGAUUCUAGUAAUAAUAAAGCGCAAGCUCGACAAAACGUACAAGAAUUGGCCAGCGCUCUUCCAAAAAAGCAACAGGAACAGCUGUGUGUCUCUUUGCUUUCCCAAAAAAUUGAAAACAUGAAAAGCUCGACCGCCGAUUUCCAGAACAUUGUUAGCUUAAGUACGCAGGGCCGCAAGAAAACUAUUUUUUUAAAGGCGUCAGACAAACCUAAAACUAUUUCAGUUGAGAGCUUAAAUGAUUAUCAAGUGAUAUCAGGUGCUUCGGGUAAACAGAUGAAAAAUUUAAGCCAUUUUAUCAGGGACAAUAUGGGAAGGAAAGCGGUUCCAGCUUACUACUCUGUUGAAGUUUCAAAACGGGCGAAGCUAUUAGCAGAGUUAUAUCAUCACGAUGUUUUGGACUUCGAUGUUGAAAAAUGCCUUGUUAAGCAGCGGAGACCGGUAGUUUGGGGAAACGCUGAGGAAAUUCUGCAGAAUAUAAUAGAUAGACGAAACUUGAUUGGAAAUUACGGGGUUAAAGUCAUGGCUGAUGGCGGACAAGGGUUUUUUAAAAUAUCCAUGUCAGUGAUUCCCAAGAGUUAUAUUUCUGAAUGUCUCAGUGAUCAACAUGGCGAGAGUUCAUCUUCCAAGAAGAUAAAAAUCGAUAAAUGUACAAGUGUGCAUAAGCUUACAAUAUUGGCUCUCGUUCCUAACAUUAAGGAGACGUAUGAAAAUUUAAAAAUAUUAUUCGACCUCGUAAAGAUCAACGAUAUUUCGAUAAAAUUUGUUUCUGACUUCAAGUUGCUACUCCUGGUAAAUGGACAACAAACGGCUACAUCUCUUUUUCCAUGUCCAUAUUGUUUUAUUAACCUACAAGAUUUACGAGAUCGCAAAGAUCUAAAUGAUCAAACAAAUAAUCACGAAAACCCAGAGAAGAAUCAAGAAUAUAUCAGCAAUAAAACUUAUGGGGAUCUGCGACGUGAUUAUGAGAAGUUUACUGCUAGUGGGACUGAGCUGAAGAUGGAUGUCCUGCGCGAAAGAGGAGAGAAGGACAACUUGGAAAAACAGUAUGAGGAGGAAGAAGGGUUGAUAUCAGGAAUGAGUUUGAUGUGUGUAAGGAACUUGGAGAAUGUUGCUCAUCACGGGGCGAAACGUCUUAGUAAAGUUGAAGGAGAGAGUGGAGAGGGAUGUAUAGGUGGAAGAGUCAAAGUUUGCGGAGAGCUGGGCAAACAAGGACUCCAUGCAUUGCUGAACACCGCAACACCUUCGCUAAACAGCGCGACACAGGACCAAGACACCGCCACUAGGUGGACAUCAAAGGAUCAAGAGAGUCCUGCAUCGGUCAGUCUCCGCUGA